CUCGGUUCCCACGCUCUUUCUCCGAGGUGACUGUGGUGGAAGUGGAAGAGGACAGGGUGGCUGCGGUCCAAUUGGGCCCGGGAGCAGCGCAUGGAGCAUGGGAAGAAAAGAGGAGGGCUGGCCCCUGGCCGCUGGAACCCCCUCCAGGGACCAUGACCUCCACUACUACCGCCAACACCACUACUACCGCCAAUCGCCCCACCACCAGCACCACCAGCAACAUCCACAUCAACAACAGGAUGCUGUGAGCCGCUGCAGCAGCACGCACGAAAGCAUCGUCUCCCUCUAUGACAACCUCGAGCAGCCCCGGCAACGGAGCCCCAUAGAUGAUGACAGCCAGGACCUUGACCUUGACCUUGACCUUGAUCCGGACAAUGCCGACUUUGAGUCCGAGUGGCUUCUCGAGCACGACUGGAGGGAUUGCUUGGAGAGAAGCAGGACGGAGGAUAAGCUAACGUAUGCUUGCGGAAGCCGAGAGGACAGGAGGCCAAGCCAAGGAGCGCAGAGCGCUAAACCGCAGAAGAGAAGCAGUGAUAAUCCGGACGAUAACCCCUUUCUGUUCUCUGCCGCCGAGUCGAAGCCGAAAGUGCAAAGGACACCACGGCCGCUCUCUGAAUCCAGCAUCCUUGAGACUGUAAUCGCAGACGUUCCAGAGGAAGUCUUACUGCAACAAGGGUCUACAAUGGACCUCCAUACCACGUCUUUGCAGCUAAAACUCUCUUACCCCCCAUCGAGUCCUGCUAAUAGUUUGCCCACCUCGGGCAGUCCACCUGCAGUACCUCAGAGGACUGACAAUAGCACAAUGACUGUUCUUCUGGGCAACAUCAAGCAGCAGAUCGUCCAACAAAAGGAGGAGUACGAGACCCAAAUACACAGGUUGGAGCAGCGUAACGAGGCGUUGGAGGUGGAGGUGCUGGGCCUGCGUGCCAACCUGGAGCAGCAGCGGCGAUGGUACCGCGCGGUGGAGCAGCGGCUCUGCGAGGUCGAGAGGGCGCGGGCAGACGCGGACCGCCGCAACGCAGAGCUGCAGAGCCAGAUGGAACAGUUCUUCGAUGCCUUUGGGGAACUCACCAACGAGGCGAAGAAAACGGAACGCAUCGUGCAGGGAUUUGAAUGAAAAAAAAAAAAGAAUGACAAAGGCAUCUCAGAGGUGCCAUUUUGAAAAGAGUGUUCAGAAUAAUGGCUGUUUCACACUGGCUCCAUCUGCAGAUAGAUGACAGUAGGCAUGUCCAGGGGUGCUGACAGGGGGGGACAAAGGUGACAGUUGUCCCGGGCCCAGGGAGAGAGGGGGCCUAGAAUUGGGUCAU